AUGACGGCGACAGGAAACAGGGAGGUCCACAACCUCUUGUCUAUCAUGGUGGUGCUCUUGCCUGCGACGUGGAGCCUCCUCAUGCCACCGACAUGUUUUCCGAGCCGGUUUUGGGUUCCGAGACAUGCGCAAGUCGCCCCCAAGAUGCGAUGCCAGGGGGAGUGCGGCACCACUCGUGCUGCUACUGCUGCUGCCAAUGCUAGCCGCCAAGCCUCGUGGGGGGUAGGUGUGUCAUCGUGGGUUGCCGGAGCAACUUCUUUUUCCCGAUCGGCGAUACACGCAUCCACUCCGGAAGGGGUAGGGGCUUGGUGGAAUGGCAGCAGCUCAGCAGGCGGGGGCGCGGGCGGGGGCGGCGGCAACAACGGCACCGACGGGGGCGCUUCAGCAGGGGGGGCAAUGGGGGAAGGAGACGACGCUAAGGGGGCCUCGGAUAUGAAUGCGUGCAGCACUCAGCAUCGAGAUAGGGGUGAACGGGCGUCUUCAACGGUUGACAUGAGUGGUGGGGAGCCGAAGAAGAGCGCAAGUUUCGGGCCGUGGGUGUGGCUGUCGGCGAUGUGGGGCAUGUACGCGGCGUGGCUGAGGCGAUCGCCGUUGGUGGCGAAGGCGGUGACGUCGGGGGUGUUAGGUCUCAGCGGGGAUAUGGCGGCACAGUUCUUCGAGUUCCAGCAGAAGGCUGAAAGCGGACGCCGAGGGCCGUUCUUGAAGAACAACCGCCGAUUAACCGCCGUGGCUAUCGAUAGCAUACUCAUCACUGGCCCGGCGCUUCACGCGCUUUACGGGUUGUUGGAAUGCCUCAUUCCGACGGUGGGGGGAGGCUUCGUCCCCGCCGCGUUGCACGUUGUAAUCGACACCUUCGUCUUCGACCCGAUGUUUGUGGCGUCGUUUUUCUGCGUCACGGGAAUGCUUGAGAGUCGACCUCUCAGGAAAAGUAUCCUGCCGGCCUUGCGGAGAGAGUUCUGGCCAGCGGUGCAAGGAUCAUGGCUGGUGUCCUUGUUGUUCUGCCCUCUCCAGUUCGCCACUUUCCGAUACCUUCCCCUAGAAUUCCGGGUACUGUCAGUGAACGCGUGCGACAUCGCUUGGACGUCCGUCAUGAGCUACUUCAGCCACAAGGCGGUCCCUGCGGAGGGAGUGUUGGACUGAGGUCGGUUGCAAACCAGCGGUAGGGGGCCGAAAGGGGCCGGCAAAACAGCAGCGCUAGUUUGCAACACAGGCAACAUGGUUAGAGCGGUGACAAUGGAAAUCGAGAUGGCAGAGGUCCCGAGCGGUGAAUUGCAACAAGGGCGAAGUUGAGUGGUUCCAUACCCCAUGACGU